UUGGAACUUACUUUUCUUAAACCCACAUCACUCCACUCCAGCUGUCGCAUAAAACAGCUGCCUCAUUCCCACACCGCACGCAGCUUACUGUUAAAACGCCAUCCAGCCUGUCUCCUUAACACCAUUCUCAUCAAAACUUUUUUAGCUUCACUCAUCACUAUAUAUAUAUAUAUAAAUACACUUUUCAUAUCUACCACAACAACUAAAAUCUCUUAACUCAAAACAAACACCACUAGAUCCUACUUUUAACUCUCUCAAUCAAUCACUGAUUAAAGAAAAAGGAAUGGAUAGCAUUUCAAGCUAUUAUUCGGACCCACUUAUAGAAUCUUCAUCAUCAUUUUCUGAUCAUAGCAAUAAUAACUCCCCUAUUAAUAGAGCUAAUCAUUCUGACGAAGAAGUUAUUUUAGCUUUAAAUAAUCCAAAAAAGCCAGCUGGCAGGAAGAAGUUUCGAGAAACUCGUCAUCCAGUAUACAGGGGAGUCAGGAAGAGGAAUUCUGGAAAAUGGGUUUGUGAAGUCAGAGAACCCAAUAAGAAAUCUAGAAUUUGGCUCGGCACAUUCCCUACUGCUGAAAUGGCGGCUAGAGCUCAUGACGUGGCUGCUAUAGCAUUAAGGGGCCGUUCAGCUUGCUUGAAUUUCGCUGAUUCUGCUGAGAGGUUGCCUAUCCCUGCUUCCUCUGACACUAAGGAUAUUAUAAAGGCGGCCGCUGAGGCCGCCGAAGCCUUCCGACCAAUAAAGUCGGAAGGAUCAGUUUCACGAGAUCAAUCCGGCAGUAUUACAGAGAAUAUGUUUUUUAUGGAUGAGGAAGCACUCUUCUGCAUGCCUGGAUUACUUACGAAUAUGGCGGAAGGAUUAAUGGUACCUCCACCUCAAUGUGCAGAAAUGGGAGAUCAUGUGGAAACUGAUGAGAUGUCUUUAUGGAACUAUUCUAUCUAAAUGGACACACUACUCUACAUAUAUUUGAUCUUCCCUAUUAAAUGAUUUAGCCAUCGGAAACGUGAAGAAGAAGGAAGAUCAUCAGCGUCACAACUUACUUGUUGCAUCAGUUUUGUGGUGGUUCUAUGAUUGCGUGUGAUAAUAGGUGUUGAGGGAGAAAUUCAAAGGUUCUGACUCCAUGCACGUCGCUAUGGCGAGAUAAAUUCCUCUAUGAUGGAACCGCUAUAGCUGGCUAGACGCGAAUUUAAUAUUGAAAAGUCGCAAAAUAAUUUAUUUCUGUAAUCUUGCAAGUGGUUUACUAAAUAUUCAAUGCCAGGGUAUUAAUAUGAGAGCUUGAAGAAAAGUGAUAGUCUGAUUAAACUGAGUUAGCGGUGGUGUGUAUUUGUGUAUUCAGGAACUCUCUUAUGUGAUAAAAGAGUUAAGUUAUGACCUGAUCAAGGAUAGGCUUGAAAAGCAUUACCAUGCUAAAGGAGUGUAAUGAUCAAUGGUAGAGUUGCUUUACGCCCUCGGAUCACAGCCUUGACUCCACGUAAACCGAAUGGCUUUGAGGAUAGCGGAAUAUGAUAGGAGGUGGAAUCAAAUAUACUAGUUACAAUUAGAGUGAAGUAUUUUUCAAUCCGGCUAUUGUAUUUGAAUGAAAUAAAUGAGCAAAUUUUUAAAAUCUA